AUGAGUCGGACACCGCGACCUGAUGAAUGUCACGAAUUUCGUCUGGAUUCAGAUCCACCCUUCUCGUCGUCGCCUGCAUUUGGAACCCCGGUGCAUCCUUUCCGGAAGGCGAAUCCCAACCCGGCUCCGACCAGGAGUUCUGUCCUGCCGAUUUUGCUGCCACCUUCGACUCUCCGGCCCGUCGCUUUCCGUACUUUCACCAGAAAGCACAACCUCACCAUAUCUUCGUCAGCACUACAGACUUUAGCAUCCUUUGUGGGAAAGAAUUGUGGCUCUGGAUGGCGCGAAGAAGGUCUUGCGGAACGAGUCCUGGAUGAGGUAGCCAAGAGCUGGAGGAAGGCUGGAGGCGGCGUCAUUGUCGAGGAAGGCAAAGGGGCCUCUCUGAAAGCUAUCCUGCAGGCCUUGGAGGGUAACAUGAGCGGAGGCAGGGUAUUUUUCACAAAGACUAAUGCAGUGAAACAACAGGCAUCUAUGAGGGUACCAUGCCAGAAUCUCGAUACUAGACGAUCUAAUUUGGAAUCACCCGCAUCUCCAGCGCUAGCUGAGGAGGAACAUGAUGAUUUGGAUUCAUCGUUACAUCCAAGAAAUUGGAUCAAAGUUGUCGAAGCAUUUGACAUGCCGCGUUUGACUUACAAUGUCGACAAAAAGUACUUUGAAAUCACAAAAUCGAAGGCUACAUUGUUCCCGCAGGCAUUGCACAAAACAAAUGUGUUCAGAGACCGUUAUAAUAUUAUUCAUCAACGUCUGCUCCGGAACGAGUCGUUCCAGACAUCGUCAAAUCAUUCUAUAGGUCCUUCGUUGCAGCGAUCAUCAUCCUCAUUUGCCCCAAGCCAAUCUUAUCGACUGACACCGAUUGCAAAUCUGCUUGGGAGGAGUGGCACGUCACAUCUGCUUCUUGGCUUACUCGCUCUAUCACCCGCGGGGGACCUGUCUCUGAUCGAUUUGACAGGCAGCGUUUCUCUAGACCUGAAUCAUGCAAGAACCAUACCUGAAGAUGGUGCUUGGUUCGCUCCAGGAAUGAUUGUGCUCGUUGAUGGAAUUUACGAGGAGGAAGGAAAUGUCAGGGGCUCCAUACUAGGGGGAAACAGCGGGGUGGGUGGCGCCAUAGGAGGUCGGUUUGUCGGCGUCUCUAUUUGCGGACCACCUUGUGAGCGACGGGAAAGCUCCCUAGGAACAUCUCAACAACACAACAAUGGGGAAAUUAGCUCGAGCGGAGGUCUCGGAUGGGUUGACUUUCUGGGAGUCGGUAGUGAACGUGCGCAGGGCUUGCGUAUGAGGAGCAUCGAAUCAAGAUGCCUGCAAACUGGGCAUAACAGUACUGAAUCGUCCACACGGAUCAAAAUGGCCAUCAUGAGCGAGGUCAACCUUGACAGCUCCAAGACCCUUGAUGCUCUGAGGAUGAUAUUCAGUUCGUAUUGUGAGCUGCCCCCGAAUGAACGACCUUUGGCUUUUGUGUUCAUUGGGAAUUUCGUCCAGAAUGCCGUCAUCAAUGGAGGUGGCUAUGCUGGCAGCAUCGAGUAUAAGGAGUUUUUCGACUCGCUGUCCGUUGUACUAGCGGAUUUUCCUGAUCUUCUACGGCAUUCUACCUUUGUCUUUGUUCCAGGAGAUAACGAUCCAUGGUCUUCUGCGUUCUCAGGUGGUGCUGCCUCAACAGUACCUCGUCAGCCAGUCCCUGAAAUGUUUACAUCGCGAGUAAAGCGUGCAUUUGCAACGGCAAACUCUGAGCCAGGGAGAUCUGGAGUAGCUGAGCCUGCUGGUGAGGCUAUAUGGACGUCCAAUCCAUCGCGUCUCACGUUAUUCGGGCCGGUUCAUGAUAUUGCCAUCUUUCGAGAUGAUAUUACCGGAAGACUUAGGCGAAGCGCGGUGACGACCAUGCGAGCCACCGAUGAACUCGAAACAGUGAUGUUGGAACAAUCUACCAAUUUGGAGAACGAGGAUGAACCCGUCCCAUCCAGAACUGAAGAUCAGGCUCGGGCCCCUGCAGCAGAUGCCAAGGCUCGGGCGUCUUCCCCGAGCAUACACGCCGCUCGAAAAUUGGUCAAGACGAUAUUAGACCAGGGAACGAUGUCCCCCUUUCCACUCUCUUUGCGACCAGUCCUAUGGGACUAUGCUGCCUCAUUGCAACUGUAUCCAUUGCCCACGGCUCUCAUCCUGGCUGAUUCUGAGGCAGCAGCAUUCUGUAUCACCUAUGAAGGAUGUCAUGUCAUGAACCCUGGGAAAUUCAUUCCAGAAGCAGGAUCGAAUUUCGUGAAAUGGAUCGAGUUCGAUGUUUUGAAGAAUCGAGGGCGCGUAAGAGAGGAGCGUUUCUAG